AUGAGCAGCCAAUCUCUGGUCUGCCCCAACAGUGAUGAUGAUCAGGCUGACUGUGACUCCGAGAACGAAUCUACUGUUCUGUCAGACAUCCAGGAACCAGUUAUAACAGAAGAUCAAGAAGUGGAGCCUGAAAAUACUAAAGUAGCAGAAGCUGAGCGUGUUCUAGAGGAGCAAAGGAGAGUAGCAGAAGCUGAAAGAGUUCUAGAGGAACAGAAGAGAGUAGCAGAAGCUGAGAGAGUUCUAGAGGAGCAGAAGAGACUAGCAGAAGCUGAGAUAGUUCUAGUGGAAAAGAAGAGAGUAGCAGAGGUGGAGACAAUUCUAGAGGAACAGAAGAGAGUAGCAGAAGCUGAGCGUAUUCUAGAGGAACAGAAGAGAGUAGCAGAAGCUGAGAGAGUUCUAGAGGAACAGAAGAGAGUAGCAGAAGCUGAGAUAGUUCUAGUUGAAAAGAAGAGAGUAGCAGAGGUGGAGAGAAUUCUAGAGAAACAGACGAGAGUAGCAGAAGCUGAGAGAGUUCUAGAGGAACAGAAGAGAGUAGCAGAAGCUGAGCGUAUUCUAGAGGAACAGAAGAGAGUAGCAAAGGUGGAGAGAAUUCUAGAGAAACAGACGAGACUAGCAGAAGCUGAGGGAGUUCUAGAGGAACAGAAGAGACUAGAGAGUAGCAGAAGCUGA